ACACUUCAUUAUUAGUCACAGCUGUUUGGUUCUGGCAGCGUUCGUUGCUAAAUUUUUUUUUUUUUUUCAUUUAUUAUCUAAAUUUUGUGGUUGUUGUAACUUUCUUAAUUUUCAAUGUGUUCGGUAAAAGUAUUUCACAAAUUCAUAAAUAAUUCACUGAAAACUUUACGAAUUGUGAAAUCAUUGAAUUAGCAAAAUUUAUGAAAUACAACACCUGCAUUAGAAACCAAUUAUAGAAAUCACUAAAGAGCAAGUUUUGACCGGGUAUAUAAUAUAAAAGUAACACACAAAAAAAUGUCACGUCACAGAAUUGUUCGAACCAUGGACUAUAACGAUGAAUACGAUGGCUAUGAUGAUGUGUAUGGACACUCCGUCGAUGACGACAGUUGCAUAUCACCGACAGAUGCACAACAGUGGCUGUAUGAUCGUGCCAGAGGCCAACAAUCCAUGUCAUCUUUCAUACGAAAUAAUAAUGAUAUAGCAGAAGAGGAAGUGGGUGAGAUAGAAGAAGAGGAAAAGGCGUACGAAAAAUUACGCCGUGACUCUGAAAAUUUUCAGAUGCCUGUACUAAAUGAAAUCGAGCAGGCCCGUUUAACAUCGUGCAUGGAUGAAGUGCGAAGUGUAGUGGGCGAUACUAUAUCAGAACGACGUUUAGUGGAAACGUGUCUAAAAUUUGGUUAUGAUAUUAAUAAAGUUUUGGAUGAAAUAUUAAAUGACGAGUGCGAUCGCAAAGCUAAGAGACUGCAGACUGAAGAUCUUACAAAUACAACUGUAGCAGUAAAUAACAAAGUAAUAGGACCAACGAAGAUAGUCAAAUCAAUAACAACCGCAGCAACCACCACCACCACACCCAUAGUAAAAGUCACCGCAGCCCCGGGGGAAGUUAAAAGAGGCUUUGAAAUUAAUUCUCCCAAUUUGCAAAGCUCCCCAGUCGUCUCAGGUCGUAAUACUCCGAUAGAUAUAUCUUCAGAUGAUUCUUUCCGAAAAACUUCAGAUACCGCAAAUGCUGUCGUAAACUUAUUUAAAGUCUCCAAAGAGCAAUCUCAACGUGAUGCUAAGCAACUGUACAACAAAGAACGUGCCGACCAAAAACAUCAUUUGAAUUUGAUUGUUAUUGGUCAUGUGGAUGCUGGGAAAAGUACUCUAAUGGGCCAUUUGUUAUACGACACCGGCAACGUGUCGCAACGGGUAAUGCAUAAAUAUGAACAAGAAUCGAAAAAAAUGGGAAAACAAAGUUUUAUGUAUGCCUGGGUGUUAGAUGAGACUGGAGAAGAAAGAGCAAGAGGUAUUACCAUGGAUGUAGGUAACUUCCGUUUUGAAACCGAGACGAAGAGUAUUGCUUUAAUUGAUGCACCGGGUCAUAAAGAUUUCAUACCCAAUAUGAUAUCGGGUGCCACCCAAGCAGACACAGCCUUACUUGUUAUAGAUGCAACACGUGGCGAAUUUGAAUCGGGCUUCGAAUUGGGUGGACAAACCAGGGAACAUGCCUUACUAGUGCGUUCUUUAGGUAUACAACAAUUAGGCGUAAUCAUCAAUAAACUUGAUACCGUGUCCUGGUCUAAGGAACGUUUUGAUGAAAUUGUUCAGAAAUUGCGCACGUUCCUGAAACAGGCAGGCUAUCGUGAAACGGAUGUCAGUUAUAUUCCUUGUUCAGGCUUAACAGGAGAAAAUUUAGCUGGACCGGCUAGUGAUCCCUCUUUGACGUCCUGGUAUAAAGGUCCUCAUGUAUUGGCGGUUAUUGAUAAUUUUAAAAUACCCGAACGCUCUAUAGAUCGUCCAUUUCGUAUGUCGGUAUCGGAUAUUUUUAAAGGUACUGGUGCUGGUUUUUGUAUCUCAGGUCGAGUAGAGACAGGUGUUUUGGGCGUUAACGAUAAAGUGCUAAUGGGUGCUAGCCGCGAACAGGCUCACGUGAAAGGUCUCUUAAUAGAUGAAUCACCCCAAAAUACAGUAUUUGCUGGAGAUCAAGUUUCAGUUACUCUUUCGGGGAUUGAUAUGAAUAAUAUCACUGUAGGCAGCUUUAUCUACGAUCCACAACAUCCUAUGCCUGUUACCACACGUUUCCAGGCACGCAUUUUAGUUUUUAAUAUCAAGGUACCAAUUACCAAAGGACAUCCGGUGCUGUUACAUCAUCAAUCUCUGAUUGAACCGGCUGUGAUUAGUAAAUUAAUUGCUCAAAUUAACAAAUCUACGGGCGAGAUGACGAAAACUAAACCACGUUGCUUGGGCAAUCAUUCGUGCGCCGUAGUGGAAUUGAAAAUUUCACGUCCGAUUUGCAUCGAAAAUUAUGUGGACUUUAAAGAAUUGGGCCGAUUCAUGCUGCGCGUCGCUGGCGUUACAGUGGCAGCGGGCAUGGUCACUUUAAUAUAUGAUAACAAAGACAGAAAAGUUACGACCUUAUUCCCUGUUGAGGAGAACGGAUUCGAAAUGUGUAAAAUUUCUUUUGUGUUGGCUUCUUACAAAAUUUUGGGUGACAUUUCGUUAUAUUUUUGCGGCAAGAAAUUAAAACUCAAAAAAAAAAAAAAAAAAGAAAAGGAAGGAGCCGCGGCAACCAAGGUAAAGAAAAGUGCAAAGUGCCACGAAAAGGCAAAGAUAAAACGGAAUAUGCACAAAAGAGCAGAACAGAGAAGACCAGGCCCUAUUUAAAGCACACUAAUUAUAUGCGGAUAAAAUUCCUUUGUUGAGUAAUACAAAAAAACUUAAGAAUAGUCAUAAAAAUACUACAAAAAUAAACCGAGAAUAUAUUUCAAAAGUUCAAAUUAAUGUAAAAUAAAAAUAAAAAAGGAAGAGAAAGUAAAAAAUCAACAAUUAAACAUUUCUAAAAAAGUCUGAUGUUAAAGCAACGUUUUUUAAAACACAAGUACAUUAAAUAAAACAGAAUUUAAGUCGGAACCAAUUUUUAUUUUUUUUUUUUUUUGUGAAAAACAAACAACGCCUCUCUUCCAACAACAACAACAACAACUACAAACAAAAAAACUAAAAAAAAUAAAAACUUCUAACUCUUGAUCAAGAAGAAAUUUAACGAAUACACUCUACCCCGCCUUUUUACAAAAAA